AAUAUGGCGCCGUCCAGUAUGUCGAUUUUUACAUGUGUAUUUUUAACGAUUAUAGGAACAUGUUCUGCAAUUGAAUCAGAUAUUUUUAGUGAAGAAUUAAUUAUUAAACCUCUUCCGAGUGGGCACGUGUAUGCAUAUUUCCAGUUUCCUAUUAGAUGGAAUGUGGAUUUGGAUCAAAAUGAUGCGCUCCGUCAUUUUCGUUUGUUUCCGAGAUCCAUUGGACAGAUUGUCACGAAACACCGGGUUCAAGAAUUACACUUAAGUUUAACUCAAGGGAGAUGGAGACACAAAAAAUGGGGAUAUCCAUUGAAAGAUGCACCACCUGGAGCUGAGCUUUGGGCAUGGUUUAGACAUGACACUUUAGAUGUCAAUAAAGCAUGGACUGAAUUAACCAAUUCAUUGUCUGGACAGUUUUGUGCUUCAUUAAAUUUUAUAGAUGCAACAAGUACAAUUUCUCCUCAAAUUUCAUUUCGACCACUGGGAUUAGUUCAUGAAAAGCAUGGUGCUAAUUCUUCUUAUGUUCGAUUUGCUUCUUUACCUAAAGAAACAGUUUGUACUGAAAAUCUAUCUCCAUGGCGAAAACUGCUACCAUGUGAUACUAAGGCAGGACUUUCUACCCUUCUUAAUGCCAUUAACAUAUUGAACAGUAACUAUUUUUCAAUAGCAACUGAUUAUCGUGUUAUUUGUAGGGAUAAUCAAUGCAUAAACACUGCCUUAGAGCUUCUGUUUUCAUUAUCUGUAGUAUUUAAUCCACCAGUUAUGCAGCAGGGCAAACAAGAUUGGUCAUUUUUAAAGUUGUUUGGAGCAGCACUGCCCUCAUAUUGUCCCCUUGCUGUUAAUUCUACUGUAUUUGUUGAUAUAACAAAUAAUAUGACAGGAAUUCCAUUCACACUCUCUCCUACACCUACUAAAAUAGUUACAACAACAAAAGGGAUCAUCACGCAGAAGUAUGCUGUGUACCAAAUAAAGGAAUUGCUUUCUAUGCUUCCACAUGUAAAUAUUGCUGCAAAUUAUGAGAAACCCCAUAUAUAUUGGCCACCUACAUUACCAAUUAUUCAUGCUACAAGAUUCAUAACUGGUUAUGGUGUAGAAAAAGGAGGAAUACAGUGUCAUAUUUAUAACAAUCAUCCAACCAAACAUCUCAAAAUUAUAUAUUUAGAGAUUAUUCCAUGGUUUUUAAGACUUUAUUCACAUACAUUAGAAGUUAAAAAUGGAGAUAAAUUUGUGUUGAAAGAAUUUCAGUAUUAUCAGCCAGGGAGAGACCGAGAACAACCACAUCACUUAGAAAUGAUUUUUACGUUAUCACCCAAUUCAGUCACUAAAGUUAGUUUUGAAUUUGAACGUGCUUUUCUAAAAUGGACUGAAUAUCCACCUGAUGCUAAUCAUGGUUUCUAUGUCGGUUCUUCUAUUAUAAGUACAGUAGUUCAACAUACUGCUAAUUACUCUUAUAUUCCAUCAAUUUAUCAACCAAUUGAAACACAGGAUUUUCGAAAUACUUUUUUGAGACUGUAUACAGAGAGUUUAUUAAUAUCAUUACCAACUCCAGACUUCAGCAUGCCUUAUAAUGUCAUAUGCUUGGCAUGUACAGUGGUUGCACUGGCAUUUGGACCAAUUCACAACAUUACAACAAAGAGAAUUUCUGUAAUGAAACAGAAGAAAGAAACAUUAAUCACAAAAAUCAAAAGGAAAAUAUUUGGUGGUUCAAACUCCUGUGAUGCUAAAGAACUGUUGGAGAGUAAGAAAGAAAAAUAAAAGUAUUUGUUUACAGUUGAAACAGUUGAAGAAGGGAAUAAAAAUGAAAAAUAUUUUCAUUCAGGAUUUAAGAAAGCUUAUUAUGAUGUAAAAAUUAUUGCUGUCCCAGCAACUCUAGCACAGAGUUUAAAUCCCGACUGUAUGUAUUUUUUAAUUUUAUUUAACAUUUUACUAUUAAUUUAUUUUAUCAUAUUGUCAGAAUUAGAAUUUUUAUAAUUAUUAUUUUAUGUAUAAUUUUUAUUUUUUAUAUAUCAUAA